CCCGCUCUCCAGCGUCCCGUGGAUACUUGUCCUCGAAAAUGUUGGUCAAACGGAAUACCCUCCGCCAGGUCUCCCUCAUCUUCGCAUGUGGCACAGCCCUCUUCUCAGAUGGAUACGCCAACGGUGUUAUUGGACUUGUGAACACACUCCUUAAGCGCAUCUAUGGCAGUGCUAUGCCGACAUCCUACAGCACGACCUUGACCUCAGUUACUUUCGCGGGUCAGGUCGCCGGCAUGCUGUCUUUCGGGUACCUGGCAGACAGGUUUGGACGCAAAUCUGGGAUGAUGUGGGCCGCCGGUAUCGUUGCGCUCUUCUCCGGUCUUUCUGCUGCCUCUGCUGGUGCCCACAACAGUCUUCACGGGCUCAUUGCUAUGCUUAGUGCCAUGCGAUUCCUACUCGGCAUCGGCGUUGGUGCUGAGUACCCGUGUGGAUCCGUCGCUGCUUCCGAGCAGUCUGAAGAGUCCGGAGUUGCCACGAACGCUCAGCACAGGUGGUUCGCACUUGCGACCAAUAGCGUGAUCGACUUCGGCUUUGUCGUCUCUUCCUUUGUCCCGCUCGUGCUGUUCUGGAUUUUCGGUAACGACCACCUCCGGGCCGUCUGGCGUUUGUCGCUGGGACUCGGUGUCAUUCCUGCCGUCGCUGUCUUCAUUUGGCGGCUGAAUAUAGACGAACCAAGUCACUACAAGAGAAACGCCAUGUCCCAUGCUCCGACCCCGUACUGGCUCAUCCUUCGCCGCUACUGGAAGGAGUGGCUCGGUGUUUCCCUCACCUGGUUCAUCUACGACUUCAUCACCUAUCCGUUCGGAAUCUACUCCUCGACGAUCACCAACAACAUCACUGGUGGUAGCGACAGUCUCACCGUUGUCUUCGGCUGGUCGGUUGUCAUCAACUUGUUCUACAUGCCCGGCACGAUCAUUGGCGCGUUCGUCGUGGAUUAUCUUGGCCCCAAAUACACCAUGAUCACCGGUCUCCUGUGCCAGGCCGUCAUCGGCUUCAUCAUGUCCGGUCUCUACCGCCAGCUUACGAACCACGUCGCGGCCUUCGCAGUCGUCUACGGCAUUUUCCUGUCCUUUGGUGAGCUCGGCCCCGGUAACUGCCUGGGUCUUCUUGCUGCGAAGACUGGUCCCACUGCUGCCCGCGGCAAGUUCUACGGUCUCGCCGCCGCUAUCGGCAAGGUCGGCGCGUUCGUUGGUACCUGGGCUUUCCCUGCCAUCAUCGACGACUUCGGUGGCUCCAAAACCGACCGCGGCAACACGGGCCCCUUCUGGAUCGGCAGCGGCCUCGCGAUCCUCAGCGCGAUCAUCACCUUCUUCCUCAUCCGCCCACUGUCUCACGACGGCAUGGCUGAGGAAGACGAGAAGUUCCGCGAAUACCUCGUGGAGAACGGUUACGACAUCACGCAGCUCGGCCUCGGCAGCCAAGCGUCGACCAUCGCGGACGACGGCUUCGAGCGAGAUGCUGGUCUCGAGAAGGAUGCGAGCCUCUCCGACGUCAAGGUCGCUGCCUAGAUCUUCUUGUAUGCAGAUUUACGGAAGGACCGGUCGGGCUUCGUUGAUCUCUCUGUAAUUUAUGUCUUAUCAUCGGGCUGUUUGGGCUUUCACCGCAUUUCACGAGCGUAACGAAUGAACGGCCGUCAUGUAUCACCACUGUUGUCGCUUAGAGCGUACAAUGCAUCUGUAUCUUUCGCUU